AUGAAUGUGAAAAGAAGAGGAUUUGUGUACAGGAGUGUAGCACUGUGGUCGGCUGGGUCUAACAAUAAGCUGAUUUUUGGAUCUGGAGUGAAUGUCAUUGUGCAAUCCCGAGAGAAACAUGAGCCAUCCUACUACAGAUUGAACUCAAGCAAUACCACAGCUUGCCUGGCUACAGAUUUCAGCGCACACGAUGCUAAUACGCACUCGGAAUUCAACAAGACAGAGGCCACCAGAGUGAAUGGGGACAGCUACUACAGCCAGGUUGCCCUCGCAGAAAAUUGCCCGGAAGGAGGUGGUUCAGAGAAAUGUGAAGCAAACUGGUAUUUUGACACAGAUGCAAAGAUCAACUUCCUAUCCCUGACCAUUCUGGGCCUGAGAAUUCUGUUCCUGAAGACCAUCGUUUUCAACGUGCUGAUGACUCUUCGACUGUGGAUGAGUUAGAAAGAUGUCCAUCAGUCCCUCAAAGACAACACAAUAAAUCCUUCCCAGAAGAACUACUGAAUUGACUUGUAAUUACAUUCUAACUGUAGGAAGUAGAUUGCACUCAUUGGAAUCUCUUGAUUGUCUGGAAUGUCAAAUACAUCACUAUCCUCCCAGACAGACAUUGGUUCAAAUUAAGAAUCCAACAUUGAUUUGCAGAAAAUAUGUCUGUUGAAAGAUUUGUAAACAUGUUCUUCAAGUCAUAAAUAAGAUGUAUUAUAAUUUGCUUAUCUGUAUAUAUAUUUUUUUUCUCCAACUGUUGUGACUUGUGAUAGUACAUCAAAAUGUUUUUGAUUAUGCUCUCUCUUUGCUUGAAAUAUCAUGAACCUCAAUUUGUAUUAUUCUUUAGAGUAAAAAUAUAUAGCUAAAUGUAACAGAAAUAUAUAAGAAAUUGUUCCUUUUUGUAUGUU